AUGGAUGAUUUUCGUCGGCAGGAGAUAUUGUGCGACACAAUUCUUCAAGUGGACGGGCAAGAAUUUCCAGCCCACAAAAACGUCUUAGCGGCAUGUAGCGAGUAUUUCCUUGGUUUGUUUACAUCCGACUUGAAAGAAAAACAUCAACUUGAAGUCAAACUCGAAGGAUUUCGAGCCUUUGUGAUGAAUGAUCUGCUUCAUUACAUAUACACGGGAGAAGUUGAAAUAACCGAUGAGAAUGUCAAAGAACUGGUUUUCGCUGCUGAUUACCUGUUAAUAACAAGCUUAAAGGAUAAAGGGAGUGAGUACUUAGAAGGAAUUUUAAAUCCUUCAAAUUGUCUGUCAAUGAGAGCGUUUUCAGAGAAAUUUGACUGUGAAGAACUCAUGGACAAGUCUGAGAGCUUUAUUCUUGAGAACUUCGUGGCUGUUUCGAAAUCGGAGGAGUUCCUGCAUCUUUGCCUCUCUGAGAUUGAGAAGCUUAUCACUUUAGACGACGUUAUUGUGGAGACGGAGGAACAGGUGUACGAAGCGGUCGUUUCGUGGGUCAAACAUGACGUGAAUAACAGGAGAGAGAAUUUCCCACGGUUGCUCUCUCAGGUUCGCUUGGGUUGCAUGUCAAAAUAUUACAUAGCAGAAUAUGUUGAAAAGGAAGAACUGGUAACCAAUAACCUCGAGUGCACCAAGCUUCUUUACGAAGCCAUGAAGUCAUAUGCAUUACAUGGACCUCAGCGACAGCCAAUCAGGGAUAUCUGCAAGACGCGGAAAUAUUGUAAUAUUGCAGAAGAUUUUCAGUUAAGACAGGUCUGUUCUAACUUAUGAAUUAGGUGCAGUGCACAAGUGAUAUUUAAAUCAGUUUGUUGAGGCACGCAGUUGUUCAGUUUGGUUGGUACAUGUGAUAUAUUGUGAUGAGAGUUGUUGCAUUGCUCAGUGACGGAAUGCAUUUCUUUACUUAUUAAAAAAUGUGUUGAAUAUCCAUGUUGGUUUUUUCAGGAGUUCUGCUUUGGGUUACUGAACUCAGUUGAAUGUAAAAAGUCUGGUUAGGUUUGAACAAUAUCCUAAUAAUUUAGCUUAUCUGUAAAUGUUGAAUAUAUUGUAUUAUUCACCAAAUUUACUAACAAGUCCUCUCUUUUCCCACCGUAGGAUUCUCCCAAAAGUAAAGGGUAAGCUAAAUUUUUUUACCAUUUUGCAUCUCUCAAAUUUGGCAUCAGUUUUUUAAAAUGGUGUGUAUCUGAAGCUGGUCAUUUUAUUUUUAAAGGAUUAGUGUAUUUUAGCUUUCUGCUUUUGUAGAUUCUAGUGCUAUAUUAAAUACAUAUUUACAUACAGUGUGAGGCAUUUAAUGGCACAAUAAUUACUGAUGAUUUGAUCAGAAUGCUGGGUGAUGCUUCGGCAGAGUAGCAGAGACAGUCUAAGUCAACAGUAUUUUUACUGUGCUUGGUAUUGGAUGACAUGAUUUGAUUUGGGUUCUGUGUAGUUAACACCCUAAGUAAAAUUAACAAUUUAACCCAACUUCAAUGUUUAAAACAUUUUUUUCAUCAAAUUACACUAAUGGAAAAAAAAUCAUGUUUACUUACAAGGAUAACAAAUUAUAACUAGAACUAUUUCUUUUGUAGAUCAAACAAAAGAAUAGAGCAAAAAGUUGUAAGUAUAAAUUUAUUCAUGUCUGUGUGAAAGCUUAAAAUUAUAAUCAUGAUUACAAUUCUAAGUUGGCUAUCGUGAUGGUAGGAUUUAGCACCCCUUACCCCUCCUGCAAAUUUGUCUUCAUUAGGAAGUGCCCCUAUUUUGAUGUAACAGGUAGUGAGUUAGCCCCCUCAGUGGUCUUUGUCUCAGUCUCUCAACUAUUAUGUCUGCAUGAGUGCACAUUUCCUUUCAAAUGAUGAUGCACUCAUGUUAAACUUUUGCAACAAUUCCUUGGCAGUUGUUCUCGUCAGGAAGGAUAGACAGACAACAAGUCUGUUUCCCAGUCUUCAUGAUCCUAUUUAAAUAAACAUUAAAACUUUUUUUUGCAUAUUUUGCUGUUUCUCAAAAAAGAAAUAAUCACCCUGUGUUGAUUAAGUGGCCUGUUUCCUGCAAAUGUUUAAACCUUUCAGCAAAUGAUUGUAGAUAUGUAAAUGUGGUUGUACAGUGCUUAUUAAUCCUGAUAUUAUUCAGGUUGUGUAAUAUUUGGUCAAAUACCAUCUUGUAAGUGAUUCAGGAAUUAUUUUAUUCGUAGCAAAAGGAUAGUGAAACCAUCCAAAUGCAAAAACUGCUUGAAAAGAUAGAGGAUUAUGAAAGUCAGUUAGAAGACUACGAAUCUGAGCUUGAUAAAGCAAACAAGGUGAGAAGUUCUUAUGACAUUACAUUAUGAGAACCACAGUAGAAAUGUAGAGGGGUUGCCUUUCAUCUUACAAGCUUUAUGGAAAACAGUGGGCAGUACUUCUCUUUUCUUGCAAAAGUAUGAUUUUUGAAGAAUUAACUUAUGUUUGUCUCUUUGUUAUGUCACUGUUCUGUUAAGUUUUGAGGCAAUUAAGAGGACAUGUCUUGUAACAGGUGCAGUUAUAUGGUGCACUUAGCUUCUCUAGCAAGCAACUCUGUCUUUGGAAUAAGCAUACUUUGCUCUUCUGUCCACUGAACUAACAAGUCCCUAUUGUACAAACAAGUUUGACAAAACAGAAAUGUGCAGCAAAUCGAUCUUGCUAACUUGACAAGAAAAGUUACUUACUCUGAGGCCAAUAUCUAGGUACUAUAUGCAGGAAAUUUAAAAUUGUUCUUCUUUCUAUUUCAUAUCAGGAGCUGGAAAUACUACGGACAGAGAAUGCUUGCUUGAAGGGUGAAAACAGCUCUUUAUUACGAGUUAUAAGUCAAAUAUCAGCUCAAUGAAACCAGUGAAGUAGGCUUCAAACUGCUGAAAUCUUCAUUUAUUUGGCUGCAGUAGAAUUAUUUUUGUUAAACUGAUUUUGUCAAAUGGAUGGCAGCCAUUCCACAUUAACACAUUUUCCACAUGGAUGAAUGGAAUUCUUCUUGGAGUAAAGCAUAAUGCCAUUGUUGAAUUGUCACUCUUGAUGAUUGCUUAUCACAAAAGGAUGCACAAGUUUGACUAAAUGGAUAAUGUCAUUCUUUGGUUUGUAUAGCUUGAAAAGUUAUAGGCUGUUUUUAUGAAGUAUUUAGCAAAAGUUAGUUUGGCUUGGAACUUUCCAUUGUAGUGCAAUGUUGAAUAGAACAGGUAACAGGCUAAGGAAAGAGACUUGACAUUUUUAUGCUUUGUUGCUGAAAAGCUGUUCUUUUUUGUAGAUAGUAAGAAUGUGCUUAGUAUUGCAGUGGAUAUGCUUGGGAAAAAAAUACCUUACCAAGAUCAGGUGAUCUUAGUAAGUUUUUUGGGGCAUUUUUGUCAUACAGUAACAUGCCUAUGAGAGUAUUGAAUUUUUACUUGUUGUGUAAGGGGUUGUGUAGUAAACCAUACUCUCUUUUGAAAUAUAGUUAUUAUUUGUUUUCAAGUCUAUCCACUGUGAAUAUUUCUGUCAAAGGUGAUGUUUUAAUGGAGUUUCAACAAUUACACAAACAGAGAAAAAAAUUGAAAUCCAGAUCUCCUCAAUCUUCCGGGCAACAAGUGCUAAACAAAUUCUGGUGUUGUGUCACUGAUGUUUUCAUGCAAUUUUUAUCUUACUUACAAUUUUUACUCAAAGAGUGACUGCAAGCCAGCUUAGAAUCUUGCAAUUAUGAUGCAUUGGUGUGUUACAGUGGUCAUUCUAUACUUCUUACAAUCAACUAUUUGAUGAAUAACGAGUUAACCACACUAUUGGAGCUCCUAACGAGCGAGAAGGGUUUGAACGUUUGAUGAAAAAAAAAAGGAAAAUGAAAACUAUCACUUGUUACCUCCCAUUCCCCCCCACCCCCCCAAAAAAAAUGUCAUUAUGUGUAGAGCUGUCAAUCCAUAACAGAUCUGUUAUAGCAUAUGUACUUGUUACGUGUCAAGCGCAGUGGCUAUCUUGGUAGUGUGGAGUACUUGUUAUGUGACAGGAAGUUAUUUGAUUGGCUUUUUUUAAUCAGAAGGAAACGGGAUUUUGCAAACUUGAUAAGGUAAAUCAGUGAGCUUGUGAUAUCUAAAAGAAAAGUAACUCAAGUCGCUAUCCAGGGAGAAAGUAAAGAAGGACAAUUCUGUGAAAGUAGGAUACAUGUACUGUAUCAAGAGGGUCAUUCCUUUGAAUGCUUCCUCUUCUUUGAAGGAUUUGAUUUUAAACCACUUAUUUCCUUUUCCAAUUUGCAAAAUUUCCUAAAUGAGAGUUAAAACGGUCGGUGACCUUGUUCUGAAUGAAGACGCUGUUAUUUCUGUUCAACAAUUGACACCUAAAAUAGUGUUAUCGGUUGGUGUAAGUUUUUUUUUUUUUUUAAUUUGUGGAGGCAAAUCUUUUUGUAGAAGCCAUACUGAUUGUGUACUCUUGUAAGACUGAUAAUUACUACUGUGAUUGUUGUCAGCUUUUGAGACGUUCCUGACAUUUCAACCUUAGAGAAUGAGGCUCUAUGACCGUUUCAAGAGGGUCAUUCCUCGAGCUCGAUUCAAGAAUAUACGAAAGAAAAUUUGAAAAAAAAAAAAGCUGUUGAAUAGUCGUGGCUAAAGGAAGUGCUGGCAUUAUUUUCUAAACAGUUUCUGUCAAUAUUGUUGAAAAAUAUUCAUAGCUAUUUGCAAAGCGUAUUUCGUGAAGGAGAAUGUUCACUCCUCUAUUGAAAGGUAGGUGGAGUCAAUGGCACACCUUCUUAACGGCUGCUUAGGAUUUCUGGGUAGCAUUUUGCUAAUGGCUUCAGACAAUUCAUUGGUCGACUGGAAAGUCUAAAUUAUGAGGAAUGUGUCGAAAUCGUGUACAUUUUAUGAGAUUUUUUUUAAAAAUAAUUUCUUUGAGAAGGUUUCUAUCACAAGUUAUCAUGGUGUAGACCGUGCUUAACAGCCGGUGCAAUUGUGUCUUACGGGAAACAGCGUUGUAUGUUGAAAUAGCGCAUGCACGUAGAAUAACAAUGUUGCCUCACCCAGUGUUUUCUCUGGCCAGGUGUAUUGUUUGGAACACUUUCCUAGUCAGUUUGCCUAAGUUACAGUCUGUUGGAUCAAACACUUUAAUGUGUUACUCUAACGUUAUAUUUUUGUAUUAUUUUAGCAAAUAUAUUUUCAGUGAUUAGUAAACAAAGAAACCAGACUGUAUGACUUGUGAUUUCAGUAUUAAGCGGUAAACUUGAGUUGUAAGGAUGCGAAGGUGCAUGCCGUG